AUGAAGGUGAACUCUAAGAAGUCGGUGUCGUACACUAAUGAAUGUUCAACAGAUGAUGAAAAAGUGAAGCCAUUCUCUUCGAUCUUCGAUAACGGAUAUUAUAAGACAAAUUUUGAUCUAAUGAAAACAAAGCAUUAUCUGAUGCCACGUCAUCGUGCAAUGUACGACGAGCCUCAGCAGCUACCGGAUUACUACUCUAUGCAAGGCACCUCUAACUCAACACCGCAAAGUGACAGCUUCACGAUUGAUAUUGAACAAGAAGAAACGUCUUUCUCCAUGAUCGCCAAAAACCAAGAUUUUGGACGCUUCAACGCGGACAACAAUAACAACGAAAUUUCGAAACCAGUUGGCGUUCAAAUAGAACCGGAUUAUUAUUCGCCGCCAAAUCCUCAAGAAAUGAAUGAUGAAAAUUUGCCCAUAGACUUGUCUUGGACGAGCAAAGCAACAACAGAUGAAAAAAAGAAGGUACAAAUAACUCUUUUUGUCAAAUUUAACUAA